UUCCUCCUUUGCUCCAUGUUUGCAAUGGAGUCCAACAAAAGCUUUGUAGUUUAAGCCUUGAAAUGUGACACUGUCUUGGUUUCCUAAGGUCAGUGUGCAACACCUGGGAAGGAUUGCGUUUAUGACUGUAUAGGGAAUUUUUAUUUUGGUUGAAAUUUAAGUGCAUAAAGGUGAUCUUUCAUUCUCUUACCCUCCUUGUGCAGUGUACAAUUGCCUCAGGUCAUCUAGCGUACAGUCUAUUUUGGAUGCCUGCUAACUGCAGCUGCUGGGUGACAGCCAGGGGGAGAAACCCACAGAAGAGAGGAGGGUGGAAGGCAGUAAGUCUGUCUCCUAGGACAAUGGCUGUGGUUGGUUUUUAGAUUUUUUUUUAAUAGGUGUGUUUGAAUUAAUGUCGUUUAGCCACGUACCUUGAAUUCUAAUGAAGGGAGUAGGCCAUCUGAGUAAAUCCCUUUGGGCGAGUCUUAGUACUAUCUCUUAAUAUGUGAGUAUUUUCCUCUGCUAGACUUUCUCGUGGGUUCAGAACUUGAUCUUGCAAAUCAGGAUGAGCAAAAGGUUUAGGGUUUUUGGCACAGCUUGGCUUUGUCCUUUGUUUGCUUUUUUUGAAGUCUGAGUGUUAAGUUUGCUCCAACACUUCAAAAAAUGCUGCUCUGAACAACUGCAAACAAGAUUAUAUGAACUUCAGAUGGAGCCAGUAACUUACAGGUAUCCCAAUUAUGAUAAAUGCCACUGUAGCAUUGAUUUACUGUGGUUUCAAGUCUUAAGCACAACUGGUCAACGGGCUUACUUUGAAAUUAUGAAGGAUUGCUUCAGAAAUACUGCAGUUUUAAUUUACAAAGCAGAAUUUGAAUUAUUUAUUUAGACUAAGAGGAAAGAGGCAUUUUUGUCCCAGGCUUUGGGAAGAGGAAGGGAAAUAAUGAGCAAAGCAGCAGCAUGUUUUAUUUGUUUUCAUCUUGCAACACUCUGAAAAUAGAGGAAAAGUAUGGAUUGCCUAAAAGAUAUCUCAGAAAAUGUGGAGAUAAAAAGUGGAAGUGAGAAACACCCUGGUCCAGGCUCACCAGUGGAAGUGUAGGUUUGCACAGAACUGUGCUGUGGUUAUGCUGGCCUUUACUGUCACAGCUUGUGCAGUUUCUACCAUUUGCCUUAGGUAACUGAAUGAGAGAGAGCACAAUUAGAGUAAAGUUAAAGGAAGAUUUUGAAGCAGUGGUUUGGAGAGAUUUGUUAAGGAGAAAGCAAUAGGCCUCACGGUUUGCAGCUGAGCCAUCACAUGUGUGGUGGAGACUUCCAGCAAGGCUGCUGCUGAGGGCAUGGAAGGUAUUGCUAGGAGCACUCUGUGCCUCCCCUUUAUGAGGUUACUGCAUGUGUCCUUCAUGCAGUGAAAAUGGUAACUUCUUCCAAAGCAUGGCCAAAGUGGAUGUGUGCUGGUCCAGUGUCAGAUGAAUGUCAGUCAUGUCACAUCACGUGCACUAUCCCACGAUGUGUGCAGGCACCCUUCUCAAGGAGAGCUGAAGUACUUGCCGUUGUCUGAUAAGAGUGAUGCUGUGGUCCUUUUGUGGCUCUCGCUGGAAUACUGCACGUGCCCUGGGUCUUCCUCCCUGCUGUGGGGAAAAAGCAUUGAUAAGGGCAGGCUACAGGCUGGGUCUGGGCUGCCAGGAGCUCCCCAUGAAUAUGGGGAUGAAUGGGUUGCGUACUAGAAAGGGGUGAAUAGAAAUGAAUGCUCAUCGAGCUCCCCCUGUGGAAAUGUCAAUCCAGAAGGACACACGGACAUACCCAGCAUAUGGGAGCCAAUAAGAAGCUGCACAAAAUGGUGCUGGAGGACGGAGGCAGUUGCAUCAUCUCUGCAUCAAUGAAGAGUCCAAGUAUGGCUUUGUUCAAGCAACAGAGGGUGGAGGACGUUUACGAGAUUGGGGAAGAACUAGGAAGUGGCCAAUUUGCUAUUGUGAAGAAAUGUAGAGAAAUAAGCACCGGUUUGGAGUACGCUGCUAAGUUCAUUAAAAAGCGUCAGAGUCGGGCCAGCCGUCGAGGGGUGAGGCGUGAGGAAAUAGAACGGGAGGUGGACAUUCUGCAGCAGACCCUGCAUGCCAACAUCAUCAAGCUUCACGACAUCUACGAGAACAAGACGGAUGUGAUUCUCAUCCUUGAGCUGGUGUCUGGAGGAGAACUUUUUGACUUCCUGGCACAGAAGGAAUCUUUGAGUGAGGAGGAAGCAACCAGAUUCAUCAAGCAGAUUUUGGAUGGUGUGAAUUACCUCCACUCUAAGAAAAUUGCUCACUUUGAUUUAAAGCCUGAAAACAUUAUGCUUCUUGACAAGAAUAUCCCUAUUCCACACAUCAAACUCAUUGAUUUUGGCCUGGCUCACAAAAUAGAAGAUGGAGUUGAAUUUAAAAACAUUUUUGGAACUCCAGAAUUCGUAGCUCCAGAAAUAGUGAACUAUGAACCACUGGGGCUGGCUGCAGAUAUGUGGAGCAUAGGAGUCAUCACCUACAUACUGCUUAGUGGUGCAUCACCUUUCCUUGGAGAAACUAAACAAGAAACGCUCGCUAACAUCACAGCUGUGAAUUAUGAAUUUGAUGAAGAAUUUUUCAGCAAUACCAGCGACCUGGCAAAAGAUUUUAUUCGGAAACUGCUGGUGAAAGACACACGGAAACGUCUUACAAUUCAAGAAGCUCUGUCUCAUCCAUGGAUAACGCCACUGGACAAGCAGCAAGCUUUGGUACGGCGAGAAUCUGUUGUUAACAUGCAAAACUUCAAAAGGCAGUAUGCCAGAAGGCGGUGGAAGCUUUCUUACAGCAUUGUCUCCUUGUGCAACCACUUAUCUCGUUCGCUGGUGAAAAAGGCCCUAAUUCAGGAUGAAUGUUUGAGAAACGGUGAAAGUGAAAGUGACAGUGAGGAUCUACUGCAAAGAGAAGCUGCUCAUCAGAGGAAAAGCAGCAUAUCCUAGUGUAAUGAGAAUCCCACAGGCAAGAAACAGAGGGAACUUUCAUCCGUGCUGAAAAAAGCAGCUCUGACAGCAGCCCUUGCCUUACUGUCUGGAUCCUUGGAAUGAUGCUUCUUACUUCUGAAAUGACAACAGCAGCUGGAUAAUGUUAUUAAUUCUUCUGAGCAUUUUAGAAAAUUGAUGAUCCAGAUUUCCAGGGAAGUGGAAAGGCUCUACUGGAGUGCUUUUAUAUUUUGAGCUUUUUGUUGAUAUUUCAGUCUUUCUGAUAUCAACUUUACUCAGGAUGCGGGCUUUCUACUUGAUGUACUUUUACUGCAGAAUCAUUCACAUUCCGCACAGUGAUUGAACCUGUGUGUAUUAUUUCAGUCAGGGAAAUUGUGAUCGAGUCUUAAAGAAUUUUCUUAUGAUUUUUGUAUUUGUCAGUAGCAUCAAUAUUUGAUAGCAGGUAUGGCAGGUAUUGAUUGCUGUGGGCAGUACUCGCUCUGCUGUUGCUGUCGUUGAAGAGAGAACCAUAGUGCCACUGCACUCCAUAGCUUUGCCUUCGCAACCUGGCAGCCAGCAGUUCUCCAUUCCAAUAAGAAUUGUUCUGUAGCCACCACCUGGCUGAUUGAAAGAGGACUGACACAGCUGCCAUGGAUAAUGAGCACAGCCAAAAAAACCCCAGAAACUAUUGGCUGGAGGUUGUUGUGCACCAAGAGCGAUGGUGGGAUGCUUUACCAAAACAGGGCUCUGAGAAAAGCCCUAAGGAAUGGCCAAAAUAGUCUUUAUUAGACUUUUUUAUUAUUUUAAUUUGUUAGCAAAUUGGAGAUUCAUUAACACCUAGUUACAUAGGUGUCGUUUACACAUAACCCAAACUGUGCAUGUUUGGGUUUUAUUCAAAGGGUUUGUAUUGAAAAUUGUGAAGAAGCACUUUAAUUUAGCUCCUUUCUGCUAGUAAGUUGCAUCAUUUUAUCUACGUUAGUUUAUAUCGAAUAUGCUAGUAUUAUUCAGUUGGUACAAAAAAAUGCACUGAUGAGGCUAUUUUUUUGUUGGAAUAUACUAGUUGGUAAAAAUUAUUUACUUUACCUUUAAUGUGUAAACUAAAAAUUGCAAAACAAGCUUUCUAGAAAAAGCCAUAGAUUGAUAGGGAAACCAAUUUUGUUUUGUUUUAUGGUGGUCUAAGAUUUAAACAUCCAGGUUCAAGUCUUAGAGCUGAAGGUGGAAGCCAGUGUUGAAAACAUGCAUUAGGUUAAUUUUGCCUGUCUUCCAGUUUUUUAAGAAGGAAAAUUAUGCUACUUGUAUUUAUAUUUUUGUAUACUUGCUUAGGUAGAGGCUGAAAUGCAGUUGACAAGAAAGUGCUUCUGUGAAAGGACGGAAAUGUGCAAGAAUUGCAGAAGAGAGGAGGAAGGUAGGAUCUGAGGGAAGAAUAGUAAUGUAAAUAGAAGGAAGUAGAGAAGGGGCAAAAGCAGUGGGAAGGAAACAGGUAAAGGAGGAAGUGUGCAGGGAAUUGGUGUGCAGGGAGGUGUGAACUGGGAUUGAGAAGGUUGAAGAAGGGAAAGAGAAAGUAGGUAGAGGAAUUUUGGUAUUUUUGUUUGAUUGGUAUUUGUUUGUUUUCCUCAUCUCCAAUGAAGAUGAGGUCAUUUUGGUGAAAAAAGGGAGUGUUAGGUGUGUGCAGCUCCAGAAUCUUUGGCUGUCUUUUUUUCUUUUUUUCCCCAGUAGUUUUGGUUGUUCUAAUGAUCCGUACCUCACUGUAGGCAGCUGGAUGCUAGAAGUUUCAGAUGGAUCAUCAGCCAGCCUGACAUUUUUAUGAACUCUAUUUUUAAUUGAGUGCUGUGGCAAUUUAACACCAGUUGAAGACCAGUUCUAUUGCUGCUACCAUGUUUUUUCUUCCCCUUCUCUUACCAAAUCUGAGUGGCUCUUUGCACCUCAGCUGUUAGUGACUGUAACCUCCUGUUAGUGACUGUACUAUCACUUUGUCAAACUGGGGUUAUCUCAGUAGUCCUCUCCACCAACCCAUACCCCAGAUUAAGCAUUAAAAAAAGCAUUAAACAAACAAGGAGUAUCAUAGGACAUCAA